CACAGGCGGCACAGGCCCCACCCACUAUCUGUGCUGAGACGAUAAAGGGGGCUCGGAGGCGCCCAGAGGCAGAGGGCAGAGAGACCACGAUGGUGAGGCCCAGGUUCCUCUCGAGUCCACCCAGAUCCAGGAUCCAGCUUUGCUCACCCAGCCAUGCCCUCCCCCUAACCCUGCAGAUGCUGUGGCUGCUGUUCCUGACCCUGCCUGGCUUGGGGGGCUCCGUGCCUGUGUUCCCGGAUCUCAGCCCAGGGACUGAGUGGGCGCACGUCGUAGGGGGCCACAGUGCCCCUCCCGGGAAGUGGCCGUGGCAGGUCAGCCUCAGGACCUUCAACAAGGAGCAGGACCAGUGGGGGCACAGCUGCGGGGGCUCCCUCAUCCACCCCCAGUGGGUGCUGACCGCGGCCCACUGCGUGGCACUGGCCGCAUGGGAGCCACAGAUAUACAAGGUCCAAACUGGACAAGUGAUGCUCUAUCGCCAUGACCAGCUGACGAAGGUGGCCCAGAUCAUCCUGCACCCCAAGUUCAACAUGAGCCUGUUGGCCUGGGGAGGCGCAGACAUCGCCCUGCUGAAGCUGGAGACCCCCGUGACGCUGUCCGAGCUCGUCCACCCGGUCUCGCUGGCCCCCGACUCACUAAUGCUCCUCCCGGGGAUGAAGUGCUGGGUGACUGGCUGGGGGACCCUCGCGCCGCUGCCCCCAGCCCCCCACCUGCAGGAGGCUGAGGUCCCCAUCGUGAGGACCCGAGCUUGCGAGAGGAUGUAUCACAAAGGCCCCGUUGCCCACGGCCAGGGCACCGUCAUCAAGGCUGACAUGCUGUGUGCAGGGAGAAAGGGGCAGGGCUACUGCCAGGGCGAUGCUGGGGGCCCCCUGGUCUGUUACUGGCUGGACACCUGGCUCCAGGUGGGCGUGCUGAGCUGGGGCGUGGCCUCCAGGCAUGGGGACUACCCUGGUGUCUACACCCGGGUGAUGACCUAUUCCUCCUGGGUCCGCCAGCAUGUCCCGCUGGAGCAUUGA